AUGUCAACCGGUAGGAUGACACCAACAAAUGUGGCCCGACAUCUGACUCUUGGGCCUCAGUGCUGGUCCUGUCGUGAAAGACGUGUGCGAUGUGGCUCGGAGGUUCCAGGUUGCUUGAAGUGUGCAGCUAAGGGGCUUGACUGUCCGGGAUAUGGCCGUACAAGACCGUUGCGUUGGAGAAAGCCAAAGAACCCCCGCGAAUUUAGAAAAGGGCAGAUAGGAGAAGUUAAUGAGCGAGUUGCCCCCGACUUGGUCGUGAUGGACUCUUCGUCCAAUCCGUUUCGGUAUCCACUGAGGUUAUCAGCUCAAAUUCCCACAUACUUAAAAUAUAUCUAUGCUUCCAUCAGUGCCUGUCAUCGCAUAAUUCAACGCCACUACGGCGAUCUGCAUAAGUGCGGCUCUCAAUCGACAGAACUGGCAGUUUCGACCAAGUUAAAUCCUUCACUAACAGACCCAGACGAGGCAGCACUCUACCACUAUCACGCGUCAGCCCUGAAAGGCCUCAACGAAGCAUUGUCUAAAGCAACAAAAAGCCCGCCGAAUGUCGAUAUUCUAGGUGGAGUUAUGCUAAUACUGUACUCUCAGUUACAACAAGCCGCCUAUGGACAAUGGCGAAUCCACCUAGAUGGAUUCAAGAAGCUCAUUGACUUUUACGGUGGAUGCGAACAUCUCUUAAAAAAGGACAUCCCUGCUAGUAUCAUGCUCGCAAAUGCGCUGAUCAUCGAUGUAAUGUCGAACACCACCACUCCAGUACACUCCAUGUCGCCGGACACACUGAGGUGGCACUCGGCGUAUUUGGGCAUUCUACUUCGUAUGGAUCACGAUUUAGUUCGGACACCAACACCGAUUCCACGUAAUGUACUUAAAGCGGUCACCAUGAUCAACAUCGCCAGAAUCAAGUCGCACCAACCUACAGGCGAGCUAGACAACCCAAGCUUUACUUUCUCCGAGGUAUUGGCGGAGCUAGGCAUCUCGCUUGAGAUUAAAAACACCGUUGAAAGGCUUGGUGGAAGCCCAGCAAACUAUGACGGAACAAAUUUCCAAACAUCUGACGAUGUUCUAUUUGCGGGCUCCUAUCAGUCUGCAGUCAUAAUUUACGCCACAGAGGCAUAUAUGCCCAUUUCCAAUAACAGUCUAAAUGAGGUCGCAAACACUAUCCGAGACUCCGCGUACAACUCCUUGAUGACCGCGCUGCGAAUCUUAUUUGAGCUAAAAGACAAAACACAAAGUGGGAAGGCCUACUGGAAAUUCAUCUUCUGGCCGCUGGCAAUCGCAGGUGUCCAAAGCGUUGUGGCAAAGCACCAUCGAAAAGAUUUCGAGUAUAUCUGUGCCAAGCUGUACGAAAUGACAGCCGCCCUCGGGACUCACAACAUGCGAGAUGCUGCGUUAUUUCUCGAGCGUCUGUGGACGGAAACUUCUGGCUCGGGGAUAGAUGGGCACUCGUCAACAUGGGAUGAUAUAUUCAAGAAUGCACCAUUAUUUCUUCUCUAA